AUGCAUCCAUUGCUUUCCACUGCCGCAUCUUUAGGCGGCCGUGGUACCCUGCCCCCCACUACUCGCUCACGUAUUAAUCGGCUCACGAUCUGCCCGGGCACCCGAGUUCGUGCACGUGCCGCGUCUCAGGAUGCGGAUAUCGUGGUCGUCGGCUCUGGCGUCGGCGGCCUGACUGCUGCAGCGCUGCUGCAGUACUAUGGAAAAAACGUGAUCGUUUUGGAAUCCCAUUACGCCCCGGGCGGCGCCACACACGGCUUCCAACGCAAGACAAGUGUUGGCGAGUUCAACUUCGAUACUGGCCCAUCAUUCUUUGCAGGGCUCACGACCCCAAACGCCCUGAAUCCGCUGGCAGCGGUGCUGGAGCUAUUGGGCGAAUCACUCGAGACGGUCAAGUACGAUCCACUUGGCACGUUCCAUAUGGAGAGAGGCAAGCCGGGGUUACGCCGACACGCAGAUCUUACUAAGCUGGUGGCCGAGGUACGCCGCUUCAGCCCAACAGGUGCGGACGAGCUCGAGGCGGCGGUGCCAAAGAUUCGACAGCUGUAUGACGCGCUAAGUGGGCUACCUACCCCAGCACUUCGUGCUGACUGGAAGAUGGGAAUCAUAAUUGCAUCGAGGUACAUGAAGGCGUUGGCAAGGCUCGGUCCUUACGCACCCAUCCUACCGAACCCGACCGCUCACCUCCUCGAAUUUCUCAGGGUCAAAGAUCCGUGGAUGCGUAAGCUCGCGGACCUGGAGUGCUAUCUGCUUUCUGGCGUGGAUGCAUCUGGAACGGUCGCGGCGGAGUUCGGCGCAGUAUUCGGCGCAAGUGAUGAUCUUGGAAACUCGGAGUUUCCUAGAGGCGGUGCCCAAGAAAUCACUAACGCACUCGUCCGCGGUUUUGAGAAUUUUGGGGGUGAGUUAAGACUAAAUACUCAUGUCGAACAGGUAAUUGUUGAAGAUGGUCGCGCUGUCGGGGUGCGAAUGAGAAAUGGCGACGAAUUGCGCGCGCCCAUAGUGAUUAGCAACGCCUCUGUUUGGGACACAUACAAUCAGCUCAUCCCCGACGGAGCCGUUUCACUGAAGGAAAGAGAACGUGCCAUCGGCAUACCACAUUCUGAGUCAUUCAUGCAUCUUCACUUGGGUAUAAAAGGUAAUGGCAUCGACAUUGACAAGCUAGGUGGUCACCAUGUCGUUGUUCGAAAUGAGAACGAGUCCAUUUCUCAACCGGGUAAUGUAUGCAUGAUAUCAAUUGCAUCUGUAUGGGAACCAAGUAUGGCACCGCCAGGUUACCAUUGUAUUCACGCAUAUACCAUGGAACCAUACGCGGGCUGGGAACGUGGGCCAGGAUACAAGGAGAUGAAGUUGGAGAGAUCUGCAAAAUUGUAUGAAGCACUUGAGGUGAUCAUUCCAGACAUUCGCAGCCGAGUGGUACUGGAACUUAUUGCCUCCCCGUUAUCGCACCAAAGGUGGUUGCGACGCUACAAAGGGACUUAUGGUGCGGCUAUUCGUGCACCAGACAUGUUUCCAGGUCCACAAACAGGCGUGAGGGGUCUGUAUCGAGUAGGUGAUUCGUGCGCGCCCGGAGUAGGCCUACCUGCUGCUGCAAGCAGCGGGGUAAUCCUGGCAAACACACUUGUUGGCAUUGUGAAACACUUUGAGCUGAUGGACAAGGUGGACACAAUUGCAGAACGUGCGGGGAGGAGGACGUGGAAGAGUUUACCCUAA